CACUUCCUCCUCUCCACUUUGAAUGAAAUAAUUAGUUCAAUGACAGCUGUCAUUCAUUGCCAUCGGCAUGUGGUUGUAGCACAUUAAACCCCUGGGAAAAAAGGGAUUUUGAAGAGUUUCGGAGUAAAUAAUAAAAAGCACGGGUUUAAUACGCGCUCAUAUCAUUCUCUGAAUGUCGAGCUUCCGUGCGAAAUCAACAAAAUUGUGAUAUCGGGUCAUUAUGUUCUGUUUUUGAUGUUCAUUCGAUAAAUUCUUGAGAUUUGUUUUGAAGUUUUUCAUAAACGAUAAAUUUAUAAUAUUCGCAUUCCUAACGUAAUUGAAAACAGAAAAAGAAUAAUGGAAAAUAUCAGAACCGGAACUCUUCUUGGCAUGGGUAAUCCAUUGCUCGAUAUUUCAGCAACGGUGGACAAUGAUUUCCUUGAACGAUAUGGUAUGAAACCAGACGAUGCCAUCCUUGCAGAAGAAAAACAUAAACCACUCUACGAGCAGUUGAUCUCAGAAUAUCAUGCAGAGUACAUAGCUGGUGGAUCGGUACAAAAUUCUUUCCGUGUGGCACAGUGGGUACUUCAAAAACCAAACGUUGCAGUAUUUUUCGGCUGUGUAGGUGUCGAUAAAUAUUCAAAAAUAAUUGAGGAUAAGGCACGUCAGGACGGCGUGGAUGUCCGUUAUCAAUAUACAGAGGAAGUUCCAACUGGUCGUUGUGGAGUCCUUAUUACGGGAACCCAUCGCUCAUUGUGUGCCGACUUAGGUGCGGCAAACCAUUUCAAAAUCGACCAUAUUCAUCAACCCGCAAAUAAAAAGUUGAUAGAAAACGCAGAGUACUUCUAUAUUUCAGGCUUUUUCCUAACUGUAAGUCCUCCAAGUAUUCUGGAAGUCGCCAAACACGCUUUGCAACACAACAGAUGGUUUAUAAUGAACUUGAGCGCACCGUUUAUCUCACAAUUCUACAAAGAACCACUGAUGGCAGCACUACCGUAUGUCGACUUGAUAUUCGGCAAUGAAACUGAAACUGAAGCAUUUGCAAAAGAACAAGGCUGGGAGACUGAUGACUUAAAAGAGAUUGGUAAAAAAAUCUGCAAACUUCCCAAACAAAACGAAAAUCGACAAAGGAUUGCAGUUAUUACUCAAGGUCAGCAUCCUGUUCUCCUCAUCCAAGGAGACAAAGUUGAGGAAUUCCCGGUUGUGCCACUGAAAUUGGAGGAAAUCGUCGAUACAAAUGGUGCCGGUGAUGCCUUCGUCGGUGGAUUCCUGUCUCAAUUUAUUCAGAAACAACCACUAGGCGUUUGUGUACGUUGUGGAAUUUGGGCAGCUAGGCAAAUCAUACAGCGUUCAGGCUGUACAUUUGAAGGCAAACCAGAUUUUCAACCUUAAAAAUAGGAAAAAAAGAAUGAUACACCAAUGAGGAUCAAAUAGCUAAUUAACAAAAGACUUACUAAGUACGCAAAUCUUUAUUAAAAAUCAUGUGUAGGUAAGACAGGUUACACAUUUUUUUUUUUGAGAUGCACAAACGAAUUUUCAAAGGGUAACAAUUUUAGAGGUAUUUUAGAAAUUGACGUUGACGAUACGAAAUUAGAUAUACAUAUGUUGAUUCUCGAGCAGUAGAUUAAGUCCUUACUUUAUUGUAAAUAAUAACACACAAUCUCACCAAGGUAAAUUGUACAUAAUAAAUAUGCCUCAUUCGCUUUUA